CCCCUACAUUAUGUAUUAUUUUAUAAAAUUAUUAUUGAUAGUAUGGGUCUGCGAAACCGGCAAAAAUCAAGCUCUAAAAAUUAGCACUACUGUUCAUGACAUGCUUAACAGCAUUAAGAAUGAACAACUCAAACUUGAGUUGCAGCUGUUUUCUUUGCAAUUAAUGCAUUGCGAUAAUACAUUCUCCGCGAAAGGUCUCAAAUUGGAUGCGACAUGUCUCACAGCGAUAAUGGGUACUAUCACUACAUAUUAUAUUAUUUUAAUUCAAUUCUUGAUUGCGUCACAUUCUUGUGACGAAAAAACUGCAAUCAAUAUUACACACGCAAUCUAAAUCAGCACAAGGAAUCUCACGCAAAAUACAUAAUCGAUAAGGAAAAUUGAUUUCUAAAUAUUAGAAAUAUUUUCUUUUUUAUCAUUAUGAUUGUG